AUGUGGGGUUUGACUUCCAUUUUCCCGCCUGCGCCGAGUUGGAAUGUAGAACAGGUGCCUGACCAGACAGGCCGUAUUGCUAUCGUUACUGGUGGAAAUUCAGGAAUUGGAUUGGAGACUGUGCGCGAACUUCUUCGUAAAAAUGCCAAGGUAUACCUGGCAUGUCGAAGUGAAGAACGCGCGCACAAAGCCAUGGACGAACUCCAAAGGAAUCAGUUGCCAGGAAAGAUAGAAUUCCUCAGGCUGGAUCUCGCGAGUCUUCACAGCAUUAAGGAAUUCUCCGAGCAAUUCUUAGCCAAAGAGCAACGCCUUGACAUGCUUUUCAACUCAGCGGGCGUGAUGAACCCGUAUGUGGGGCCGGAGACGAAAGAUGGGUACGAGCUUCACUUGGGGACGAACAGUCUCGGCCAUCACUAUCUCACGCAACUGUUGGUCCCUGCAUUGCAAGUAUCGGCAAAGGCUUCACCUGAUCGCCCACCACGCGUGUGUUUCACUUCAAGUAUCGCGCAUCGUGCCACAUCUCCGAAAGGGUUUGACCCAACAGAUCCCACAGGAUUACACACGUACUGCUAUAUGCCGGCACAUAACCGUGCCUACGGAACAAGUAAGUUUUGUAAUAUUCUGAGUGCCAACUGGUUCCAGCGCAAUUUGGGCGCUCAGAAUAUUGUGUUCACAUCGUGCCAUCCAGGAAUUUUGAAGACUGGGCUUGUGCGUGAAUGGAACCAGGGCUUUAAUACGAUAAUGAUGCCCAUUAUUGAAGCAGCCAUCUUUUAUCCGCAAAGGAUGGGCUGCAUUACACAGCUCUAUCUCAACACUGCCCCAGAGGCUGCUACAAAGGGUGGGUCGUACUUCGCGCCAUGGGCCCGUCAGGUGGACCCAUUGCCUCUUGCACGCGAUGUAGGUGUGCAAGACACGUUUGCCAAGUGGGUGGACGAGCAAGUGACAAAGCACAUGGGUCAGCCAGUUGAUCUGUAG